AUGGCCUCGCAAACUCCCAAGACGCCAUCAUCUGGCGUCUCAGAGAACGCCCACAGAACUACACACCCCGCGGUCUCUGGACGUCAAAUCGGCGUUGCCACUAUCCCCUAUGAUCGCCCAGUGGCCCUCAUGACCUCAGGUGCUCCGCUGCUGAAUCCGCGCAGUUGCGUUACCUGUCGCCGACGUCGAGUCCGGUGUGACAAGACGAUGCCUUGUAGUAACUGUCGUCGGGCUCAGAGCGAUUGCAUGUAUCCUGCGCCAGGCCGCGCACCAAGACAAAUGCAGAUGCAGACGCAGACACACAUGCAAACACGUCCUGUGCCAGCUUCAGGACACAGUGAACGUGAGGCGGAUCUCAUGGAACGCCUGCGAAAGCUCGAGGGACUCGUCUACGAAAUGAGUGGUCAAGGUGCUGCGAGCGAAAACGACUUGCAAGCAAGCACAAAAGAGUUGCCAAAGACUCAAGGUAAUGCCACUGGCGGGCAGAGCAUUGUGGAAGCUGCUCAAGAAAAAGUUGAGAAAGACACCCACAAUCUCUGUUUCUCACAGGUCAACAAGCAGCUCGGCCGCCUCGUACUUCAUGAUGGAGAUUCAACACCCAGAUACGUCCACAGUGGCUUCUUUGUCAAACUCAACGAUGAGCUUUCCGAGAUUCGUAAUGAAAUGGAGAUACUGAGUUCCCAAGACGAGGAAAAUGAAUUUGAAGAUGAUACUACUCCCGAGCAAUCGCCUCCUCAGAACCCCGGUCAAGCCGACCAUCACAGCUUUAUCUUUGGCUACAACUCUUCUGACGUUGAUCUCAGGGGUCUUCAUCCACUCCCCGUUCAGGGUUCUUUCCUGUGGCAAAUCUUUCUUGAGAAUAUUGAGCCACUCGUCAAGGUCCUACACAUUCCCACUAUGAGCAAGCUCAUGGCGCAAGUCAGACGCGGAGAGCAUGAUCUACGUCCUGGCGACGAGGCACUCGUUUUUACCAUAUAUUAUGCAGCUGUAGUUUCUGCGGAGAAGCAAGAAAUCGAAACCAAUCUUGGCGGCUCUCAAGCUCACUUCAUCUCUCAAUUCCGCUUUGCACUUGAACAAGCCUUGGCUAAAUCUAACCUUCUCAAUACUACCGACAUGGCCGUGUUGCAAGCCUUUGUUAUCUACUUAACCGUCGUCAAGUGCCAUGAUGACAGCAAGUUCUGCUGGACUCUUACAAGCCUAUGUGUAAGAAUGGCUCAAGCUCUCGGUCUCUAUCGUGACGGUCAACAGUUGGGCCUUCCUCCAUUCGAGGUCGAGAUGCGUCGUCGUCUCUGGUGGGCAAUCGUCUCUCUUGAUAUCCGCUCAGCAGAGGAAAUGGGCUCUGAUCUUAUCAUAAGCGACAAGACCUAUGACACUCAGCUCCCUUCCAAUAUCAACGACACCGAUAUUGACCCUUCUCUCACCGAGAUGCCUAUUCCACGUCAAGGUCGUACGGACUCUUCUAUAUGUCUAACGCGAUAUGAGACGACUGCUCUGACCCGUGGGUUAUUCGCAGCUGUCGCUCACAUGCAGCCUGUUGACCCUAAGAACGUCGAAAAGAGCCUCGAAGAGCGUGAGCGAAUGCUUGUUGAAGUCUAUGAGCGCAUGGAAGACAAGUUUAUCAAGAAUACUAUCAGGGAAGAUGAUCCCGUUUUCUGGGUCGCUUCUCUUAUUUCGAGGAUCAUGAUGGCCAAGGUAGGACUCCUCGUUUAUCAGCCCGUUCUAUUUCCAGGAACGGGUCCCGAGGCAUCGCACGAGGUCCGCAGUCGGCUGUGGCAGUCAUGUAUCGAAAUCGUCGAGUAUACUCAUAUUCUUAAUGUCGACCCGGCCUGUCGACAGUGGCGCUGGUUGUUUCUGACUUACCGACAAUGGCACGCCAUUGCCUAUAUGCUUCUCGAACUCGCGAAGCGACCAUGGGGCAUUAACUCAGAGCGCGCUUGGGAAGCCGCGCAGAUCUUGGAAUACGAUCACCCGAUCGACGGCGCAAGUCACUCCGAUCAUACGGCUGUAUGGAUGCCCAUCAAGAGGCUCUUCACCAAAGCCAAACGCCAUCGCGAAGCAGAACUUGUGCGCCUUCGCGCCGAUCCCGAGGCUGCCAGGCAACUUGAUCGAGAGGAUAAGCUCAAACCUGUGCUUGAACGCAUUGGUCCUGCUCCUGGAAUGGAGACACGCCUAUCAGAGUUGAGACUGCGUUGGAGAAAAGCUUUUCGAUUGGGGGCUUUUUCCAACGAUGCUGAAUACCAGAAUAUUCUACCGCGCCCAGAGGAGACUUUUAUGUCCAGUGGCCCUACAAAUUCUGUACCUCCAAACUUGCAGCGACCUCAAACAGAUCCUGCGCAACUAAUCAAUCCACUCAACUUUGACCCCAAUGCGUGGCAGCAGUUACAAGCCGGAAACCCUGGAAUAGAAAUCUACUUUGAAGGGGGCAACUCAGACAUAACACAGAAUAUAGGUGGUCUGUACCCUAGUGGAAAUAGCUUGGGGAGUAUCUCGAGCAUUGCUUCACCCGCCGUAUCUGGAGUAGCUUCUACGCAUCGAGCCGACAACGACCAUCAGACAAUUGGGGGCAAUCUUUCACCUUGGCCUAGCUCAGAUGUAUUUCAUCACACACAAGAUCCAGGUUCUUUGGGAGAUAUGGACAGCAUUUUCCAAACCAACAAUCUACCAUCUACCGGCCUUGACUUGAACAUGGAUCCUGGCGAGAUUGAUGACAUCGAUUGGAAGAACUGGGACGAGGCGCUCAGGAGUCUUAGUAGGCCGGCUAUGGGGCAAGCAGGAGCCGCUGGACAAGGAAGCUGGGGAGGCAUGUGA